GAUUUGCAAAUGCUGAAACUCACCUCCCCUUGGACCCAUUCAUUAAUUGUUCCUUGUUUAAGGAAGAGUCUCUCAGAUGAACCAAUCCAAGAUAGGAGCUCUUAUUGACCAUCUCUUGUACUUUUAACAGUCACAGGGAUUUUGUGUUCCGAGUUGCAAUUAUAUUUUGUUAUUCUCUCAUCUUCAUUUAUUCACUGCCAUUUUCAUUUUUUAUCUUGCUAUUGGAGAGCUCAAGUCAUGGCAGCUGAGUUUUGGCAGAAUCAGGAGACGUCCAAUGGGUGGCCACUUGGACUACAGAUAAUGACCAUGCGGCUUGGGUUACAAGAAAGAUACCAAGUUGCUGCUCCGGCGGUGGAACCAUACUCUUUGCACAUUCCCUCAAGCAGUUUCUCCUCAUUCUCCUCUUCCAACCUUGACACCGAGUCCUCAGCAUCAUUUUUCCAAGAUAACAGUGUAUCUCUGGGAAAGCUAAUCGGGCUGGGAGCAAGUGAGAGAAGACCCUUGUAUUUACAGAACACAAUCAGUACCCAUCAAAGUAAUAGGCGGCUACCGGUAAGAGGUGCCUGCAACUGCAAGGAUGUACACAGUGCAGAUACGUCUCAUGGAAUUUGCAUUCCUCUCAUAUUAGGCGCUCUACUUAAGAUAUCCAGAAACAGGAUUAAGUCAAAACGAUUGGAUUGAUUUCAGUGUUCUUCUACCAAAUUCUUUUCUCCUUGCUAUCCACAAAUUAGACAUUAACAUUGUUUGUAACCUUCCAACGGCACUGUCAAAAUAACGUCCAGUUUGAGAAAUUGGAAAUUGG